AUGGUACUAUGGCGCUCUUUCGACGUCUACUUGAUUGGCUGGCUUGGUGGUUCAGCGACAAUAAGUAGGACUCGGGAGUACUGGACGACGUGGUACAAGACGCCUUCGGUGUUCAUCAACGUUUGUUUGAUUCGCAAGCCAACAUCCGGCAGGGGUCAAAGUUGCAGUAGCGGCAACCACCGUGUCGACUUCUCAACUUCGACUCUUCACCAACUACAACGGAUUGGCGAGGUCCAAGCAAGGCAAGGCCUAUGCUAUUCUACGGCCCCUCCAACCUUCAGCGGAGCCGUAUCUAUGGGAGAUUGCUCGAAGCACCGCUGCAGCUCCAGG